AUUUUACUCGUUCAAAUGCUAUAUUAAAAAAAUGAAGUUUUACUUUUCCAAUUAAUUAGUAUACAAUAUUUUUUUGGCAAUUCAAGUGUUUUCCUUUUCUUUUGUUUAUUCUGCCCCCUCUUCUUCCUCUUCGCGUUGUUCUUCAUCUGUCCCUCUUGAUGCCCCCAUUGAUUAUUUUGUCGUUUACAUAAUCAACACUACUUAUAAUCCAUAAUCAUAGAGUACAAAAAAGGGGAGUAGAAAAAUAAAAAUAAAGUUUUAAUUUUUAUUUUUCUACUCUUGGUCAUUAUUUAGUAAAUUUAUUCUACUAUUUACAACCUAUGUUUUUGUGUAUAUUUUUUUUGCUGUUGUGAAGCAAGAUUUUAUUGUAGCUGUUGUUAGGUCAUUGGGUGUUUGUGUGUCUAUAGUUGUCUGUUUGAGAGACCUUCUUCUCUCUCUUGUACAGUUUCUCUCUCUACAUUCUCUCUCUACAUUUUUGAAGAAGCUUUGACUACACAAGAUGCUAGUGGCAUUACUUGUGCUUUUGGCACUUGGCAACACGAUCGAAGCAGUUGGGGAAGAUAGUGAGGAACAAUGUAGAUACAAGCCGAAAUUGGAUCCUAGACCUCAUAGUGUAUCAAUAGUCGAGUUUGGUGCUGUUGGAGAUGGAAAAACAUUGAAUACUCCUGCUUUUCAAAAUGCCAUUUUUUACCUUAAUUCUUUUGCAGACAAGGGUGGUGCACAACUGUAUGUACCACCAGGGAAGUGGCUUACUGGGAGUUUCAAUCUUACCAGCCAUCUAACCCUUUUCUUAGAAAAGGAUGCAGUUAUACUUGGAUCUCAGGUUCCAUCCCAAUGGGGAAUAACUGAUGCAUUACCGUCAUAUGGUCGUGGAAUUGAGGUUCCAGGAAGUAGAUAUCGAAGCUUGAUAAACGGAUAUAAUUUGCGUGACGUUGUAAUAACGGGUAAUAAUGGAACAAUUGAUGGCCAAGGAUCAUUUUGGUGGGAUAGUUUUAUCUCCAAUACUUCAACUUAUAGCCGUCCUCAUCUUGUGGAAAUAGUAGAGUCUGUCGGUGUUGUUGUUUCGAACUUGACAUUUUUAAAUGCUCCUGCAUACAAUAUCCAUCCUGUCUAUUGCAGUCAUGUACUUGUACAAAACAUUUCAGCUUAUGCUCCAUCUUCCUCUCCUUUCACAAUUGGUGUAGUUCCAGACUCUUCGGAUCACGUAUGUAUCGAGAGCUGCAACCUAAGCAUGGGUUACGAUGCCAUCAGCCUUAAAAGCGGCUGGGAUGAGUACGGUAUUACGUACGGUAGGCCUACUGCUCUUGUGCAUAUCAAACAGGUCAACCUACAAGCAUCAACUGGUUCUGCACUAGCAGUUGGCAGCGAGAUGUCUGGCGGCAUUUCUCAAGUUAUAGUCGAAAAUCUGCACAUAAAAAACUCGUUCUCAGGCAUAGCCUUCAGAACUGCUGUUGGGCGAGGAGGAUACAUUCAGGACAUGCAUGUCUCGUAUGUCGAAAUGGAAAACGUUCAAACCGCAUUGCUUGCAAGCGGUCAAUGGAAAUCUCACCCUGACGAGGACUAUGACCCAAGUGCACUCCCGAUUUUGGAUCAAAUUACAAUCGAAAAUGUUACCGGGAUAAAUAUUUCACUAGCCGGUAGCUUUACUGGCAUCGAGAAUUUUCCUUUCGAGUUUACUUUGUUGGAUAUAUCCUUAUCCAUAAAUCCAGCUGCAUCUUCGACUUCCUCUUGGAUGUGUUCCAAUGUUGUUGGAUCCUCAACGAAUGUUUCUCCUGAGCCAUGCCCCGAGCUCAAGAGCUCCUCCUCCCUUUCAAAUCUUCACUCUUCCUCCAUUACUACCUUUAAUUCUCAAGGUUUGGCCUCAUAUUUAUAAUCCCUGCAUAAUGCUAGGGAAAAGGAAAGAGUUGAAAAUUCUUUAUCACUGCUUUUUGACAAGCAAUCAAUAGGGAUAGAUUCUUUCCAAUAAGUUCAAAAAAAAUAUAUAUUUCAUUAUUCAUAUUGCAUUUUUGCAUGUUUCUACAAAAAAAGAAAAAAAAAAAAAAUCUGCAUAUUAGUGUACAGCUUCAUUUCUUCAUUCUUGUGUAAGCAAAUUUUUGGUAGUGGGACAGUAAGUAUCAAGAAAUGUUCAAUGCUGUGUAUUCCAUGGAAGGAUCUGAUUUUGAUUCUCGCUACCCUGUCCUCUCGUUUCCUCAGACUAUCAUGUACUUAAAAAAAUUGUUAUUUCAUUUUUUCAUUUUGUCUC